CACAGUCCUGUCCUGGCACCGUGUCCUGAGCUGGGCCCCAUCACGGCUCAGGCUGGCCCCAGGGAGAGGGGGAUUGGGCAGUGCUGGUAAUCCCGCUGCACCCAAGGGAUUACCGCUCACUCUGGCCUGGGGAUUAAGGGAUUUCUCUAAGCAGGGUUGAUGCAGCCUCCAGCAAAGCAGCUUGUGCCUGGGGGGCCUUGUUGUCUGGGGCAGGAUGGGUGUGUGAUGGUAGGGUGGGCUGUGCUAGGUGUGGGGGAUCCCCAAAGGAGGGUGGCUGCCAGGUCUGCAGCAGGCUGGCUGAGGGGCUCCUCACCCAGGUAGUCACUGCCCUCCUCGCCAUCAGCCUGUAAAGUCCUGUUUUGCCAGUGGGUGCUGGCAGCCCUUUGUUACAGGCUUGACUGUCCCAUCCUGGGACCAUGGCAUGUCCCUGGGCACCAGGGAACACUGCUGGGGGAGCUGCUGCUGCUGCCCCAGCCCUUCCUUUGAACAGCCUGGGCAAGUUCUGGGCCCAGCUUGGGGAGCAACUCUUCCACAGAGCUCAGGGAUGGACUCCUAGGUCAGAAGUAGAGAGAUAGUGCUGGAAUAGCACCAGGCUUGGAGAGCAGAGCCAGGGACUUGGGUAGAGGCAGUUGUCCAGUUUUCUCCUGAGGUGUUUGGAGCAGAGAACAAUGAGCCCUGCUGCUGACACUUGCAGUCAUGUCAGGGCUGUAGCUAUGGUUUGUAAACACCCCACCUGGCCUGGACAGGGUGCAAGGACCCAGCCAGGCAUCCAGGUCACUCUGUGUGGGAGAUGCCACCUGGCCCUGCCUCAUCCCAGUCACUGCACCCACGUGCCUGUGUCACACUGGGGUUUCUCCAGUGCCAGUCCAGGCCCAGGCAGGCGCCUGUGCAGCACGUGCCCAGCUCAGCCUCCCCUGUGCCUCUGGCUCCCUUCGCUUGCCCUUUUGCCUCCUGGUGAUGUGGCAACCGCUGCUCUGGCCCCUGGGAAAGGGGAAGUGGUGUUGAAAGCAGAAGGUCAGUCACAUCAGCAGUGAGUGCCUGGCUGCCCUCGCAGCCGUCAGCUGCCCUUCUCCACUCUCUCCUCCUCUCUGCAGUCACACUGCUCCCGGGAUCAGGGACUGCUCCUGCCUGCCAGGGUGCCCUUCCCCACUGCCUGCCCUGUCUGCCCCGCUCAGGUUACUCCUGGCUCAGCGAUCCCAGUGGAUGCAGGGGCGGGUGAGCGGAGCUGUCGGGCUGCUCCUGCCCUGACAGGCCCUGGGGUUUGUUACUCACGGCCAUGCCCUGUGCUCAAGAUCGCUCCUGCUUUGAGGAAAGGAGCUGUCAGUCCGGUUUGGGGUUUGCUCAGUGCCUGUGGGUUGGGAGGGUUGCGCAUUUCCCCAGCUCCAGAGCUGUCCCCCAGCCUGGGAUCCCAGGGCACGACCCCCGGUUCCUGCUGCAGGAGCCCCCCAUACAGCAGGGCCGCAGCAGAGUGGGCAGUACCUCUGGGGCAUGAGCAGGGCUCGCUGUCUGCUCGUGCUGGCACACAGGGUUGGCUGAGCCUGUGGGGCUGGCUCAGGGCCGGGGCUCGGGGCCUGCGCCCCGGGAGCGGGGGCCGCGGUGGCACCCCCACGCUCGCACCGCCGCGCUUCUCUGGGUGCACCUUCCUUCAUGCGGCGCUCGUUGCUAUGCGACCGCCGGCUCCUGAUGCUUAAUGCUCUAAUACGGAGGGAUAAAACCACUCUAAAAAUACCCCGCUGCCGGCCCCCCGCGGGGGCAAGGGGGCUGCCGGGGGGCAGGCAGCCUGGGCAGGGGGGCUGCCGGGAAGUUCCGAAACUCCCCGUCCUCCAAGCGGCUUUGAGCCGCCCGCUGUGGCUCCGGCGGUGGCACGGACUGGUGUGCCGGUGCGGCGGGGAUUGGCUGGGGCUGGCGCGUGGGCUCCUGCGGCUGGAGCUCCCCUACCAGAGCCAGCUCCAGGCAGAGCCGGGACUGCUCCGGCUCCCCUGCUUGCACCCUGCCCCACGCACUGGGGAGCUGCCCUAGGUACUGGCUACCUGCCUAGUACUGGGGAGCCCGCUGCUCGGCCACGCGCACCUGGCUGGCCUCCGCGUGCUCCUGCCUGACCUCUGCCCGUCCCUGCCUUGCCCUUCCGGAGCUGGUGGCAUCCUGCGUGGGAACCCCGCAGCAUGGGGACAGUCAGCGAGCUCUGCGCCUCCAGUUUCCAGGCGUUCCUCUGUCCCUCGGUGGCUGCCAAGGCAGUGCCCAGUGACCUGACCCCAGAGGAGUGCCAGGAGCUGGAGAACAUCCGCCGCCGAAAGCAGGAGCUGCUGGCUGACAUACAGCGCCUGAAGGAUGAGAUAGCAGAAGUGACGAAUGAGAUCGAGAACCUGGGCUCCACGGAGGAGAGGAAAAACAUGCAGAGGAACAAGCAGGUGGCCAUGGGCAGGAAGAAGUUCAACAUGGAUCCCAAGAAGGGCAUCCAGUUCCUGAUUGAGAACGACCUGCUGAAGAACACGUGCGAGGACAUUGCUCAGUUCCUGUACAAGGGAGAGGGCCUCAACAAGACAGCCAUCGGCGACUACCUGGGCGAGAGGGAUGAGUUCAACAUCCAAGUCCUGCAUGCCUUUGUGGAGCUGCACGAAUUCACUGACCUCAACCUUGUGCAGGCCUUGCGGCAGUUCCUGUGGAGCUUCCGGCUGCCAGGGGAGGCACAGAAGAUUGACCGGAUGAUGGAGGCCUUUGCCCAGCGGUACUGCCAGUGCAACCCUGGUGUCUUCCAGUCCACAGACACCUGCUACGUGCUGUCCUUUGCCAUCAUCAUGCUGAACACGAGCCUGCACAAUCCCAACGUGAAGGACAAGCCCACGGCAGAGCGAUUCAUCGCCAUGAACCGCGGCAUCAAUGACGGGGGGGACCUGCCUGAGGAGCUGCUCCAGAAUCUGUACGAGAGCAUCAAGAAUGAGCCCUUCAAAAUCCCUGAGGAUGACGGCAAUGACCUCACCCACACCUUCUUCAACCCCGACCGGGAGGGCUGGCUCCUGAAGCUCGGAGGCAGGGUGAAGACGUGGAAGCGGCGCUGGUUCAUCCUGACUGACAACUGCCUUUACUACUUCGAGUACACAACGGAUAAGGAGCCCCGUGGCAUCAUCCCCCUGGAGAACCUGAGCAUCCGUGAGGUGGAGGACUCAAAGAAGCCCAACUGCUUUGAGCUCUACAUCCCUGACAACAAGGACCAGGUGAUCAAGGCCUGCAAGACAGAGGCAGAUGGGCGUGUGGUGGAGGGGAACCACACCGUGUAUCGCAUCUCUGCCCCCACGCCUGAGGAGAAGGAGGAGUGGAUCAAGUGCAUCAAGGCAGCCAUCAGCCGGGACCCCUUCUACGAGAUGCUGGCUGCCAGGAAGAAGAAGGUCUCCUCCACCAAGAGGCACUAGCAGCCAGACUGGCCCUGCGAGGCCAGCCCAAGUGUCCCCCUGUCAUGGGGACAUGGGGUGUCAUGGGGUGGGGGCCACGCUGCACACUGGCCCUUGAGGCCCAGGGCCCAGCUUCAGCUUAGCCAUUUCUUUACUGUGGGGGGAGGGAAGGGGCACGGGCAUCUCAGUGACUCUGGCCCCCCAUCACUGCCUCAUCACCACACAGCAUCUUCACAGGCUCAAGCUGGAACACAGCAGCCCUGGGAGCCCUGGCCUCAGCACCAUGGGCACCCUCCCUGCCUCUGACCCCCAGGAAGCCUGCAGCCACAUGGCACUGGGUCCCCGGCACCCGUGCUCAGACGCUCUUGGGGUGUUGUGUCAGGAGGACGGGCAGCUGUUGGUGAGCAGCUGGCGGUUUUGGGGUGCAGGGUGUCAGCCCCAGGGGGGCCCUGCAGAGAUACAGCUCCUGGCCCUCGUUGUAGCGGGCUGGGUCUGUCCUAGGCGUCCCCUUGGACCCUCCCAGCCACCCCCUGCACUGGAAUGGUCCCACAGACGCAGGAGGGACGAAGGGCAGGGACUGUUGAUGAGCAGUGGUGCCACACAGGGCAGGGAUGUGCCCUCACCCGGCUCUGGGAGCUGUGGUUUGGAUGUGGCAGCACUCGGUGGCGUUGCCCCAGCACAUCCUUGUGUCGUGGCCCUCGUGCCGGGGUGGCGUGGUGGAGCCUGCCCUCGGGGUGGCUGCUGCUGGGGAUCUGGCUGGGUGGGGGCUGUGGCCCCACCUCUCUGCCUCACAAUCGCCUGUGUCUUGUCCUGUCCCCAUCCCCACGCACGGUCUGGAGGCACCUGGAUCAGUAUUAGUCUAUUUAUCAGAGGUGUAAAUACUCCUGUAUAGUUUUCUCCUUGUAGAUUAUUUUGUAUGUGGGUGGUUCAGUGCAGAGGCCUCACAGGAGUGGGGCGGGUGGGCAGGAUUUUUUAUUCUAACCUUUUUUUUUUUUUUUUUUUUUUUAAUUUGCCAUGGCCUUGUAAACUAGUGCUGAAGAUCAGCAACAAAUAAAUACUUGCACCACGCUUC